AUGCCUCCCACGGAAAUCCCCGAAUCCUCGAUCCCCCUCCUGUCCAAGUUCCUGCUCAAGGGCAAAAACAUCGUCGUCACGGGCGGCUCGCGCGGGCUGGGCUUCAACUUUGCCCACGCGCUGGCGCAGGUGGGCGCCAACAUCGCCGUCGUCGACAUCAACGACGGGCCCUGGGUGUCGGAGAACCUGGCCAAGUUGACCCCCUUGGGCGGCAGGUAUCAGUACUACCAGGCCGACGUGGUCGAUUACCAGGGCCUGAGGGAGACGGUGGAUCGGAUCCAGCGCGAUUUUGGGAGCGUGGAUGGAUGUAUCGCCGCCGCGGGCAUCAUUCGUGACAAACCUUUCCUGGAGCACACGGAGAAGGAUUUUAAGGAUACCAUGGAUGUCAAUGUAAACGGCGUCUUCUUCACGGUCCAGCACUGUGCGGCCAAGAUGGUCGAGCAAAAGACCGGAGGGAGCAUCAUCUGCAUCGCCUCGACGGCGGGCCACCGGUCCCUGGCGCCGCAGGAGAUCGCGGCCUACACGGCGUCCAAGUACGCGGUGCGCGGGAUCGCCAAACAGGUCGCGCACGAGCUGGCAAAGUACAACAUACGGGUCAAUUCGAUUAGUCCGGGGACCAUCCUCACCGACAUGCUCGAGUCGGUCAUGCGCCAGAACCCGACCCGGCGCCAGCUCUUCCUCGAGAGCAACGCCAUGCACCGCCUCGCCACGGCCGACGAGCUGUCCGGCAUCGUGCUGUACCUGAUGAGCGAGGCGAGCAGUUUCGCCACGGGCCAGGACUUUUUGGUCGACGGCGGCAUGGUCUAG